UAACUUUUGCCAAGUUCCAGAUUAAUUUGCAUUAAAAUACUGGUAGUUUGACUAGACGAACAGCCUUUGAGACCAACAACAAAAGAUAUGAGAUGUUUCUUCUCUUGCCUUUUAAAAGUUGAAAAGUCUAUUUAUGUUGCUAUUGUAACUAUGCAUGGUUAUAUGCUUAGUUGCAUUUUAUUAUUUGCAUUUAGCAUUGUUUUUCUUGCUGUCUGCAACCCUAUCAGAACAGACAUGGAUAACAAGCCACCAGUUAAGAACCACUGGUCUAGAAUCUUCUGGUUCUGAUAGUAUAAAAAUGCUGAGUGAGGCCCUUCUGUGGAUGAAACGGUUGGGAGAAGGUGGAGCUGCCAGGUCUAAUCCUGUUAUCCCAACCUUAUUAAUCCAGCCAGCCUUUACACCUCUUCAAUCACCCACUGUGCAAACAAACACUCAUACAUAUACAAAAGAAAACAUAUACUUGGCAUAAUGGAAGACAGCAUGAUGCUAGGUGUUGAAGGGAUCAAGAAGACGAUAUUGUAUGGAGGGUCCAAAGAGAUGCCCAAAUUUGUCACAGGAACUAAGGUGACCUUCCAUUUCUGCACCCAGCUCUGCAACGAUGAGCACACCAUCAUAGAUGACAGUAAAAAGGCCGGUACACCCAUGGAAAUGGUGAUUGGGAACAUGUUUAAACUUGAUGUCUGGGAGACUCUGCUCACGUCCAUGCGCAUAGGGGAGGUGGCCAGGUUCUGGUGUGAUGUCAUCCACACUGGGUUGUACCCUAUAGUGGCAAAGAGUCUGCGGCGUAUUGCGGAGGGGAAGGAUCCAGUGGACUGGCAUAUUCAUACCUGCGGCAUGGCCAAUAUGUUUGCCUACCACAGCCUGGGCUAUGAUGAUUUGGACGAGCUUCAGAAAGAACCACAGCCUCUUUACUUUGUGCUAGAACUUCUAAAGGUACAACAGCCCAGUGAGUAUGACAGAGAGUCAUGGGCUCUGAAUGAUGAGGAGAGACUGAAGGCAGUACCUGUGCUUCAUGGUCAAGGGAACAAGCUCUUUAAACAGGGUCGUUUCGAGGAUGCCACACUGAAGUAUAAGGAGGCUAUUGUGUGUAUCAAGAAUGUGCAGACAAAGAAAAAGGCAUGGGACGUUCCCUGGUUAAAACUGGAGAAGAUGGCCAACACUCUCACUUUAAACUACUGCCAGUGUCUGUUGCGCAUGGAGGAGUACUAUGAGGUCAUUGAACACACAUCUGACAUCAUCAACCAACAUCCUGGGACGAUGAAAGCCUUCUACCUGCGUGGCAAAGCACAUAUGGAAGUGUGGAAUGAAGCAGAAGCAAGAGAUGAUUUCACAAGGGUGCAGGAUCUGGACCCAGGCAUGAAAAAGACAAUCAAAAAGGAGCUAGCAGUUCUCAAAAUGCGUAUGGAGUUAAAAAAUGAGGAAGACAGACAGACGUACAAAGGCAUGUUCACAAAAAUAGCAGGAGAGCAAAAGACUCCAGAUCAGGAGACUUCUGCUGAAACAACUCUGGCUGAAGAACAAACAAAUGUAAAACUAGCAAACUCCAGAGGAGUUUUUCCUCCUGAGGAAACCACUCCAGAUCAAAUGACUGUGCUAACAGGCUUUGAUUAUGUGAUCCCAGAUCAAUCAACUCCAGAGGAAGCGAUUUCAAAAGAAACCACUUUAGAGAAAGCAACUCUAGAACAAUCAUCUACAGAGAUUGAGACUCCAGAACAGACUACUAGAGAACAAGCAACUCAAGAACUAACUAACACAGUUCAGACAAUUCUGGAGCCAUCAACUCCAGAGCACAUAACUCCAGACCAAGCAGCCCUGGUAUCACUUUCUCCAGAAGAAAUUACUCCAAAUCACACAGCACCAGUCAAUGAAUCUCCAGAGAGUUCCAACAAUGAAGCUCAACAAUGAAGGAAACAGACAAAAUUAAGCAUUUAUUAACUCAAUUCAAAUAUGUGUCUAAUGCUUUUCUUGUUAUCACUUUACCAUAGAGAUUUUAUACUAGUCAAAUCAUCCAAUUAAAAUAGU